AUGGACCCCGUCGGGAAAGCAGGUGCUCAGGCGGUGAUCUGGAGGACAGGUUGGCUGCUGCUGCCGCUGCUGCUUAACCAAGGAACGCAGGCCCUGGAGUGCUACAGCUGCGUACAGAGAGCAGAUGAUGGAUGCUCUCCGCACAAGAUGAAGACGGUGAAGUGCGGGCCGGGCGUGGACGUCUGCACGGAGGCUGUGGGGGCGGUGGAGACCAUCCACGGACAAUUCUCAGUAGCAGUGCGGGGUUGCGGUUCGGGACUUCGCGGCAAGAAUGACCGCGGACUGGACCUUCACGGGCUUCUGGCCUUCAUCCAGCUGCAACAAUGCGCCCAAGACCGCUGCAACUCCAAGCUCAACCUCACCUCGAGGACGCUCAACCCGGCAGGUAACGAGAGUGCGUACAGGCCCAACGGCAUGGAGUGCUACAGCUGCGUGGGGCUGAGCCGCGAGGCUUGCCAGGGGACCGCGCCACCCGUCGUGAGUUGCUACAACGCUGGUGACCAGGUCUACAAAGGCUGCUUCGACGGCAACGUGACUUUGACAGCAGCAAAUGUGACUGUGUCCUUACCUGUGCGGGGCUGUGUCCAGGAUGAGUUCUGCACCCGGGAUGGAGUGACAGGCCCGGGGUUCACACUCAGUGGCUCCUGCUGCCAGGGGUCCCGCUGUAACUUUGACCUCCGCAACAGGACCUACUUCUCACCUAAAUUCCCACCCCUUGUCCUUCUGCCUGCUCCAAAGGCCACUACUGUGGCUUCAACCACUUCUGUUGCCACUUCCACCCUGGCAUCAACUACUUCCACUCCCACCACCAAACCCACCCAAGCCCCAACCACCCAGACCCCUACACAGAAAGUAGAGCACGAGGCCUCAGGAGGAGAGGAGACCAACUUGACUGGAGGCCCCAUUGUCCACCAGGAUCGCAGUAACAUGGAGCAGUAUCCCCAAAAAGGUGGAGCCCAGCAUCUCCCUAAUAAAGGCUCUGCAGCUCCCACGGCCAAGUUGUUGGCAUUUCUCUUGGCCGUGGCUGCUGGUGUCCUACUGUGA